AUGUCGACCAGCCCCAGCGCACCGAGGGUGCCGUCGAAGCGAGAGCUCAUCCAACUCAAACCAGCCGCAACACCGAUCCGGCUCGAAGGGGACACGGCCAGAGGACUCCAGCCAGCCACCUACCAUCCCAUCCAUGGGAUCCUCCAGCAGGCACCCACCAUCUCCCUCAAGAACCAGAAAGUGCUCGAGGAGGAUGAAUACAUGGAAGCACUCUCCAAGAUCAUCAAGCGAGACUUCUUCCCCUCACUCGACCAGUUCGAGCGACAGAAACAGGAAGCCAUCGAGCAGCGCCGCCGGAGGAACAUCAACAACCUACUACACUCCCCAUCAGCAUCCUCCGUCCGCUCAUCCUUCACCAACUCACAUCUCAACAACCUCAACUGGUCCGCUGACAGUCACCCCCUGCCACCCUCGAAGGGAUGGGAGGAUGGCGGACCGACCCCAAAGAUCACUCAAACUGGCACGCCAGGGAGAACGCCCCUUCGAGCCCCCGAGACACCGAUCCCCACCCCUGCGCCAACUCAGCUGGUCGACCCGAUAGGAUCAGAGCAACCCGCAGCUCGAAAAUCGUGCGACGAUUCCCUGUCCCUCGACGAGUUUUGCUCGCGCUACACAUCCGAAGACAACUCCUCCUUCUCCGAGAUCCUCAACAAUGCCAACCGACUCAAACGGAUCAAGUACGCCUGGGCCUUCGAUUCCUCCUCGAAACACAACUCGCGGCUGCUAGAGUCCACCCUCAAACGUGAACAUCUGAUUGGCAUGAUCGGCAAGAUGGCCGAGGGCGGCCACGGAGUCGGCUUAAUCGAAGGCAUCUCCGGCAAACCUGGCGAGAGGAAGAUGAUCGAGAAUGUGGUGACGACCGAAGAACGGCUGGCGAUCCAAGCCGGAGAAGACCCCAUGAAGCUCAUCACAGACGGACAACCCCCUCAAACCAAAGCCUCGGGUACUACGACUACGACUACUGCUUCUAGCACCGGAAAAUCAGCGACUGCGAUCGAUCUAGUUACCGACCGGCACUCACAGCCGAUCAAGAACCCAGACUCAUGGCCGCACGUGACCCGAAACGCACUGAUGUUCUCGCCCGACGCAAACAUAAGCUCCCAUCAGCCCCCCAAGCCGCCACCCUUCCCUGUCAAACCUUCUGUCAUCCCUGGAGAUCCUAAAUCAAUCAACCACGCCAGCACCAGGAUGACUAACGAUGAUUUCUUGGAAGCUAAGCUCAGAAAAUCUAGAGCCAGCACUAGCAGUCGACAUAGUCUCUCCUCUCUUAGCCCCACUCGAAGUCAGAUUGCCGCCGCUAUCAAUGGAACCCCAAAUACUGCAAACGGUUCGCCCAAAGUGAAUGGAUUCUCGUUUGUUCCGGAGCUACCAACGCCAGAUCCAGACCAGAUGAAGACGAGCACAGAGCUAGACCAACUGAUGACGUGGGGCGAGAUCAUGACGACGCCGGUGCGACUAGGUGACGGCGAAGACUCAAGUGGUCGAGGGAUGGCUGAUGACGAUGAGGAGGAGGAGGAUGAAGAGAAGAUGGUGGAGGCGGGGCCGUUCCGGAUCUCGAAGCGGGCUCGUAGGGAAGAAUUGGCGAUCGGAAUGGCCCGACAAGCCAGCAAAUCACUGCGACAAAAGUACGGCUAUUCGGCGGGCCUUGGGACCGGGAGAUCAGGACCUUCGAAGCUCCGUCGAAGUCUAUUGGCCGACCGCCAAGCCUCGUCGCCCUCUCAUCAUCCUCACUCCUCCCCAAACUCGCCCCAUCGAAACUCGAAUGUCGCCCAUUCUCCAAGACGCGAUCAAAUCCUUAGUCCCGCUGCUAAGCUCCUGCUCAAGAAAACCGGCGGCUCGGCCGCCUCCUCGCAUCCUUCCUCGCCUCUUGCUGCUGGUCAUCACCACAAACUCGGCCAGGCUUCUGGCCCGGCUGUUGCCAAGAAAGCCGGCAUCUUUACUCCGCUCGUCGCUCGUAAACCUUGA